AUGGGUGUCUUGAGCUGCAUGAAGUACCUGAUGUUCAUCUUCAACGUGCUGGUGUUUGCUGGGGGGACGUGCCUGGCGGGCGUGGGGGUCUGGGUGGCCGUGGACCCGGCUGGUUUCCAGGACGUCGUGGCUGUCAAGCCUGUGCUGAGCGCCGGCGCUUACCUGCUGCUGGCCGCGGGCAUUGCCCUCUCGCUGCUGGGCUUCCUGGGGUGCUGCGGGGCCCUGCGCCAGAGCCGGCCGCUGCUGCUGGCGUUCUUCAUCCUCAUGAGCCUCGUCUUCAUCACGCAGCUCGUUGGGGCUGUUCUUUUCCUGGUGCACUGGAAACAGAUCCAGCCGGAGCUCUUCCUGUCCGAGCUGCGGAGGAACUACUGCGGGGACGAGGGUGCCGAGGUCUUCUCCACCGCCUGGAACACCCUCAUGGUCAUGGUGAGCAGCCGGGAGGCUCCUGGACCCGAAGACUUUGGGAAUGGCUCCCGCUUCCAGGAGCUGCACCCGGGGACGCCCUGGCCGCAGGCGUGCUGCGCCCGGGAUGGGCUCCUGCAGGCGGGAAAGCUGCUGGGCUGGGAGCAGUGCCGGGAGAGGAGCCCCGGCUACAUCCACGAGCAGGUAGGACACGCCGCCGCCGUGUCCCUGCCCUGUCCCUGGCUUCCCCAGCGCUUCCCAGGCUUGUGGCAGCGGGGCAGCAGCACCCUCUGCCCCUGA